AUGUAUGCAUGUGGCGUGCAGGUUGUGAACCGGGUGAUUGCCCUCGGCGAGCGCGCCAAGUGGGGUGCGGACGAAGAUGGCAGCAGCAACGAAGUGCCUACCGCCGCCGCCACUUCAGCCGCCACCGCUGAGCGCUGGCUGCAGUUUGGCGCCGUGUACAGCUCCCGCGUCCCCGUGGACCAGGCGCUGGGAACAAGCUCCAGCAGCUCCACGCCAAGCAGCCCUCUCAGCAGCAGCGGCGGCAGCAGCAGCAGCAGCGAUUUAGCGGCCAGCGGCAGCCCCUCGAGCACCAGCAACCGCGCCAGCUGUACCAGCGGCGGCAGGCUUCUGCAGGACUAUCUGGCCCUGCCUGUUGACCAUUACUCGCUGCUCGACCCAAAGUGGAUCUCCAGGGAGGAGGGCGGGCAGUUCCGCUUCAGCCUGCCGCUGCAGGACUUGAUAAACGUGGAGCUGCAGCCAGAGAUCUUCAUCAGUGUGCUGCCAGAGCCGCAGCGGCGGCGGGUUACCCUGGUGGGCACAAGGGCGGCGCUGGGAUCUCCAGAAAUAGACGAGGCCUUCAAGCUGAAUGUGACGGCUGUGAUCAGCCAGCGGCAGCGCUGCCGCCUGCCCGCCCUGCCCCGCGCUCCAGACCAUCUGCCUGGCCGCCCCGUGUUCCGGCUGCGCCGCUGGGCGGCUGCUGCGCGCGGCAGGACGUGGCCGCCCGCGCAGGCGCCAGCCGGCACUGUGGGAGGAGAGGCGGCGGCGGCAGCGGCGGUCAAGGUUGCGGCAGGCAGUGCCCCAUCCAGUAUCGCAAACCAUCACGGGCAGCAGGGGCAGCAGCAGGGCAGCAGCAAUGGCGCAAACAACGGCAGCAGCAGCGUCGCGGGCAGCAGCAGUGUGGGGCUGGAGGUGGCUGCAGCGGCAGGCGGCAUAGAGGUGCGGGAUGGCGAGGCCGCCGUGGCGGCUGCUGCUGCUGCGGCGGCUGGUUCCGCGCCCUUUCCAGGCCAGCACGUCUACAUCAGCCACGACUCAAACGACGACGAUGAGUACCUGGAUGCUGACCUGGCGGCUGCUGACCUGGCGAUCGCUGAGCUGGAGGUGGCUGGGCUGGACGAUGGGGAGGAGACUGUGGGCACCGGCGACUCGCCUGCCCCGCUUCCAGCGCCCGCAGGCAUCGGGUUCAGCAGCGGCAGCGGCCCUGGCGGCGGCGGCAGCUUUGCGCCAGCAGCCGAGCCGGAUGCCGGCCACGCCGCCGGCGGCAGGCCAAUCCAGGCGCAGCCGGCGCUGCUGCACUGCCGCACGCACGUCACCAUGGCGGUGCGGGUGCCCAGGGCGCUCAGAGUCGUGCCAAACGCGCUGCUGGGCUAUGCAGGCAGCCUGCUGCUGCGCGCGGUGCUGACCGCCACGCUCCCAAACUUUCUGGACCUUCUAGCUGCCGACUACCGGCGGUGGGCAGGCAUCCCAGCGCCCGGCAGCAGCAGCGGGGACGGUGGUGGCAGCGGAGGGCCUGGAGGCAGGCAGCUGGAUGCCCCGGUGGGGGAGCUCUUUGCCGACGCGGCGGCGACGGUGCAGGAGGGGCGCGAGCGGCGUCGCCACGAGCACGAGCAGGAGGAGGCGGCGGCGCCCCAGGAGGCAGCUGCAUGA